UAAAACAUAAGCUAACAUACCGGUAGAAGAGUAGCGCUGCAGGAUAAUAACAAUCCCGCGUCUCAGGCUUAACCAGCGGAGCACAGAAAGCCUUUUGAGGGUGAACUAAUCGAGCCCACCUACAUCGAUAUUUUCUCAACAACCUAAACGUUCCUGGGCUGCUGUGCGGCUUUUAUUCAAAAAUCACCAUUCCGGAGAGCAAUCUGAUCUGAUCAGCACACGGGCAUUUCUCAAGGAGGGCCGCCGACAGGACUGAUGUUGGGUUGAUGGUAGUGGGCUUAUAGGGCCAGUUAUGGUUCAUGGAAAAAGGCCAAGAACCAUUACCAAGAUAUUGGCUCCCAGCCCCCCACCGUGCCCCGGUCCAGGACUCAUUAAACAGAGCCAAGAAGAGCAGCGAGGUUUGGUGAAGGAGGCGUCUGAGAAACCAACGUGUACCUUGAAAGAUGGUAACAAUGACCAGCUGACUCCUCCUGUCCCUGCAAGCCGCUAUUACAUAAGUUGUGACCCUAGUCCUGAGGACAUGGAGGACACCUGCUCUGAGUACGACAACGUGGGCUCUGAUGUGGAGCAGGACUAUGAUGAGGUGCUGCAUUUGAACAAAGAGGGCAUUGUGGACACAAGGUUCUACAAACAGUACUCUCCCGAGGAUGAUGGCUAUAUAAAGCAUGCAGUAGGCGAUAAUAUUAAUGAGAGCAGCAGUGCUGUUGACCAGGUCACUCCCAGGCCUCAUCAUGGCACAGAAAUAUGUGAGGGAUCGCAGUCAUACACUAAGCCUCACAAGACGGGCCAUCGCUUGAGGUCGCAUUGUGCUCCGACUGCUGGGGAUGAAGCUGAGAGGGAGGUGGAAACGGGCCAGGAGAACAGGUUCUUCUUCAGUGAUGGAGAUGAGAUAGAAGAGGUGCUGGACGGGGCCAAAUUUAUAGAGGAUUUAGAGGAGACAGAAAACAGAGUUCAAAGGAAGACCAGCCUUUAUCAGGACAAUGGGAAUGAAAGAAUUAGAAAGGGAGGUGAUGAAAGGGAAACAGAAGAUGACACUCCAGUAGCAAGAAACCAUAAUAUCCCAGGAGCCAGUAAGAAGUGUGAGGCGUCUCAUAUGGGUUCAAAGGAGAAGGAGAGGCUGAGUAAAGGACAAGGGAGGAGGGCAGCGGGAGAGGACAUGGAGCAUGUUGUUUCUGGGAUCAAAGGAUGCGUGACCAACAGCACAGAACAGCGUCCAAAGACUUUGUCAAAGGACUGCAAAAAAGCCGCGGUGCGGACCAAAGCUAGGUCUGGAUCCAGCAAGCAACAUCCUCCUCCACCACCUCGUCACUCCCAUGCUCAGCCGCCUGCGGACACCCAGAAGGCCCCGCCUCGUAGAGAGACUCCUCCUGUUCCCAGACCCAGUCCCUCCUCUGCCAACAGCCAGGAGAGUGAACCCAGGGUUAUCAAACCAUCCCUGGCUCCUCAUCACACACCGGAACUACAGAAGGAGCCUCUCGAGGAGAGGCAGAAACGGCCAGAGAAACUCCAGCAGGGAGAAAAACCAAGCACAGCUGUGAUACCUGAGGACGUGCCCGAGCAGCCGAGGAGGCCUCCGUGUCCAGAGCCUCUCCCUGCAGAGGAGAGCAACACACCCAAGAAUUCACAGGAAGCUGCUUCUUUCCCCAGCUUUGAGGACGUCCCAGGUCCCUGUGAGCCCGAGGAUCUCAUUGAUGGGAUCAUCUUUGCUGCUAACUACCUUGGCUGCACUCAGGUGUUGUCUGAUAAAAAUCCAUCCAAGUCUGUCCGCAUGUCCCAGGCCCAUGAAGCUGUCAGUCGUAUCAAGAGCCAAGACGAAGACUCUCAAAUGAUGACAGAAGUGGAUUUGUUUAUCUCCACCAAAGCUGUCAAAGUGCUGAACGCUGACACACAGGAGACAAUGAUGGACAGUGCCUUGCGGACCAUCUCCUACAUCGCAGACAUUGGCAGCAUUGUGGUUCUGAUGGCCCGGAGGCGCAUGUCUCAGACCUCAUCAGAGGAUUUCUCAGAAUCUCCGGACUCUGCCAGCGAAGGGAAGAGUCAGUACAGGAUGAUCUGCUAUGUCUUUGAGUCAGAGGAUGCCCAGCUCAUUGCACAGUCCAUCGGUCAGGCUUUUAGCGUGGCCUAUAGGGAAUUCCUGCGAGCCAACGGCAUCAACCCGACUGACUUGAGCCAGAAACAAUACAGUGACAUCAUCAACUCCCAGGAAAUGUACCACGAUGACCUCGUCCAUUUCUCAAACUCAGACAACUGUAAAGAGCUGCAUGUGGAGAAGCAGAAAGGGGAGAGCCUCGGUGUGGUGAUCGUGGAGUCUGGGUGGGGCUCCAUCCUGCCCACCGUCAUCCUGGCCAGUAUGCUGAACAGCGGCCCUGCAGCUCGCUCUGGAAAACUCAGUGUCGGGGACCAGAUUAUGUCCAUCAAUGACACCAGCCUGGUGGGGUUGCCACUCGCCACUUGUCAGGGCAUCAUCAAGGGUCUGAAGAACCAGGUGAAGGUAAAGCUGAGUAUUGUGAGCUGCCCUCCUGUCACCACUGUCCUCAUCAAGAGACCCGAUCUCAAGUUCCAGCUUGGUUUCAGUGUGCAGAAUGGCAUUAUCUGCAGUCUGAUGCGAGGUGGCAUCGCUGAGCGAGGUGGUGUUCGUGUUGGACACAGAAUUAUCGAGAUAAAUGGUCAGAGCGUUGUUGCCAUGGCACAUGAGAAGAUUGUUCAAACCCUGUCUGUCUCAGUGGGUGAGAUCAACAUGAAGACGAUGCCUGCUGUGAUGUUCAGACUGCUGACGGGACAGGAGACCCCCAUCUACAUAUAGAGAGACCCUGCAUGGAUCAGCCCACUGUAGUUCUGCAUGUCUGGCUGUGUGGAGGCGAUGGACAGAUGAUGGACAGAUGAUGGACAGAUGAUGGACAGGUGGCUCAGUGGGACGAGGAGAAUUUAUUUUUCUAUCAUUUUAUUUUCUCGGCCUCUUGUUGCAAUGCUGUAAAGAACAUCCGGUUCUCAUUUUCAGGUUUUAUCUUGAAUUACAUUGUCAUAAUGGCCUUACAAUGUGAAUACUGUCUGUAGUACUGUACGUGAGUUUCUGGUGUUGAAGAGAAGUAGCUUUAAGGUCAUGAUUAUUUUCUUAUGAAGAGAUAAAUUAGUACAUUUAUUUUUUAUUUAGUCAUUUUUAUAAUGUUUAUGGAGUUUAAAAAUGUACUUCUACUGUAAAUACUUUGGAUUACUCAAGGACUUGGUUGGAAAGGCCAUAUUACUCCUACAGUAUAUGCAUGUUGUUAUGAUGAAUUACUGACCAGGGAUUCAUUCUCAAUCUGACAUGAUAAUCUAUUACAGUAAGUAUUAAAAUAAGAUAAUGAUAUGCUGUACAAAAGCACUACGCUAUGUGUAUUAUGGUGAUGCUGAAGGCCAAAGACACACCUACUUUUCAAAGAAAUACAAUAUGGGUGAUCAUUACCUUUACCAGAGCGUACAGUACAAGAACGUAUCAAAAUAUACAUUACUGAAUGAAUGUAAUGUAAUAACACACUAAGAAUACAAUCUCACCGAUGAA